UCUUGGCGGUACCAGAUAUCGAGGUUGAGGAACUGAAAGCGAAGAGACCAAGAGUGGUAUAAAGACCUAAUGGCCGCCAGCUUGGAGAGACAUCACACAGAUUCAUUCGUUUUACACUACAUCCUGAACAACUACCCAUUCUUUUGAAAAUUUUCAAACAACCGUCAUUAUGGUCCGCAUCAUCUCUAUCGUUGGAUUCCUCCUCACCGUCGCUGCUGGUGUGCAAGCCCAGGGGGGUUCGCCCUGCCAGUGCUUGUUCUCCGAUGGUUCGCACUGCUGCACCAGGGCCGGACUCAGCCAAGAUUGCGCAGACAACUGCAGGACUGCCACACGCGACAGUGACAACAAAGCCUGUGCCGCUAACGGCAAAUAUUCCGAUGUCAGCUCCUGGAAUGCCCAAUUCCGCGCGUCUUGCCGUAGCAGGGGAAGCAUCGAUUGA